UUUCACACCUUUAUGGGAAUAAGUACGAAACGUUCAUUCAGUCUUUUUAAAAGUCUUGUUGAACGUCUUGGAGGUCAACGCUACUCGAGCGCUAUUUAAUUGCAAGCGUGAUGGCGGCCAAACGUAAGGGAGCUAAAAAGGUAGUUGAGGAGCAAAUAUCCCUUGGACCACAAGUCGCAGAAGGGGAGUUUGUAUUUGGGGUUUGUCACAUCUAUGCCUCGUUCAACGAUACAUUCGUUCAUGUGACGGAUGCAACUGGGGCUGAAACAAUUGUUCGUGUCACUGGUGGCAUGAAAGUAAAAGCCGAUCGUGAUGAAUCCAGCCCAUAUGCAGCUAUGCUUGCAGCUCAGGAUGUUGCAGAAAAAUGCAAGACUCUGGGUAUCAAUGCUCUUCAUAUUCGUAUCCGAGCUACAGGAGGAACUAAAGUCCGAACCCCAAGUCCUGCUGCCCAGUCCGCUCUAAGAGCUCUAGCACGUUCAGGAAUGCGUAUAGGUCGCAUAGAAGAUGUCACACCAAUCCCAACAGACAGUACACGUCGUAAAGGUGGUAGAAGAGGUCGUCGUUUGUAAAUCGUGAAAUUAAUAUAAUGUGGUUUGAAAUGUGUU